GGAGGUGAUGGGACUAUGGGGAAGUCCAUUCAGCAAGAGAGUGGAGAUGGCAGUUCGACUGAAAGGCGUAAGCUACGAGUACAUGGAAGAAGACGUUUACAAGGACUUGAGAGCCCAAUGCUUCCACAAGAAAGUUCCCGUCCUCCUCCACAACUCCAACCCAGUUGUCCAAUCUCUCGUCAUCCUCCAAUACAUCGAUGACGUGUGGAGUCGGAACCAUCCCAUCUUGCCGGGCGAUCCGUACGACCACGCCAUGGCUCGUGUUUGGGCCAAGUACGUCGAUGACAAGGUCCAUACACAUAUUAUAUAUGUGGCAUGCGCGCUGAUAAAGCGGUGUGGCUGACGUCAGCACCAAAAUCGACCGCAUGUGGGUCCCACGUGCCGCAUUCGUGCUUUGGGAUUCGGUACAAAGAAAGAAACGGAAGUCUCCCUUGUGGGCCCACGCUAAAGAUAAUGAACCCUCCGAUCGGAUAUGGGUCCUACCUUGCUUCUUCUCCACCGUCCGAUCCUCACAUGAAACGGCUCUCUCCCCCUAUCUAACUCUUCUGUCUUCCGCUAGCUACGAGAUUCUCUGCAACUUGAUUCGUUACUUUUUCAUCGAUCUUCGUCUUCCUCUGAUUACCACAGCGAUGGAGUACUUCUCGAUUCUUGUUAAUGGAGGAUUUUCUCGGAGUUCUUGAUUUCUGUGGCGGUGAAUGUGAUCAUCUCUGCUGUUUUGCUUGUACUCCACGUUGUUUCGUUUCUCGCCGACUUCGGCUUCGCUUUUUUCCUUGGUUUCUCUGUAAUCGGAUACGUCAUCGAGAUCAACACCGCAAAUUUCGACCGAUCAAUCGUGAAAUGCUCGUUAUUUUUCGGUUUUCGUGCUGAUUGAAUGGCCUCAAGAACCGAGCUCAGAGGUCUUUUGAAGCAGAACCCAAGGGCUUCAAUGAUAACAGAUGAGAGGUUUCCAUCUAGUUCGAGUUCCAAGGACCAGGGAAAGAUCAAAGAAAGGAAAAGAAGAGACACAGACAAUGAAAUCUCGGCCAGAUCGAAGGCUAUAGGACAUCGCAGCAAUGAUUGUGUCAAUGGAAGCUUCAACCGAGAUGAUGAGCUGAUAAAGUACAUGUCGAAGUUGCCAGGUUAUCUCCAACGUGAGGUGAGAGAAGGUAAGGUAUUGAAUAUUGGAGUGCUGGAUUGGGGAAGCUUAGAGAAAUGGAAGCACAGCCAAAAUGGUGGUCGAGCAACAGAGUGUAAUAAUGUCUUGUCCAAUGGCCCGAGUACAUCGGGCAAAACUGAGAGAAAGUUGUCUGCUAGGACUUCAGGGAUAAUUCCCAAGGACUCUCAUCGGUGUAAAAUUGAUGAACAAUCUGCCAGUUGUUCUAACCUCGGUAAGGAUUACACUUCUCGAGAUCUACAACAUUCUGUCCAGAGAGUUCCAAGCACUCUGGAAGCUGAGCCGGUUUCUCGGGAUCCAUCACAUAAGCACCAGAAACCAGGAUUUGGCUAUAAGUCCUCUGGUAGAGAUCAUGCAGUAGCCGAUCCUGGAAAGGGCAGAAAAACACAACUGAGUCAGGAUUUUGGUUCGAGUUUGUUUCCAGACAUGGGAAACUCUGAGGGGUCUCUUGAUGUGAAGGAAGGGGAAGUUUUUCGAGAUGGAGAGAAACAGAAAAGAGUGGAGGGAAAAAGGCAUGCUGUGGAAGCAAAGCAGAAAUCUUUGAACCCAGUAAGCGAUGAUGUGGUUAUAGGGGGUGGUCAAUCUGUAAGAUCUUCACAAAAGAUCACUACAGAAUCUCAAGAGCCAGAAGAAGCUGGUCUUGCUCCCAGAAAACAGGAGAAUCAGUUCGGGAAUAUUGUUCUUCUCCGACCCAGAAAACACACCCGAAGUGCUCUUCCAAGGAAAUUCCUGAUGUCAAUGGAUGAUGACGCACAAAUAGCAAAGCCAGAUGAAUUCUCUACUUGCUUUGCCAAUGAAAGCAGUAAUUCCUCAGAGCUACAAAGAUCUCAAAUUCCUCGCUCCUGCCCACUGUCCCUCGAAUUUGGUGCUGAACUUCCAUCUGAUGCAUUAUCAGAAAAGGAGCAUUCAGAGACAGUUUCAAGGAUCCUGGAUCAGGAAAAAUCUGAAGAGGGAUUCAGAAGGAGGAGACACCCUUCACCUGGUAAACGAUCGAGCUUCAGCUUCAGUCUUCUGAGCAGGAGUUUCAGUUUUAAGGAGGAUUCAGCCAUACAGUCUGAUCCCAUGAGAUUUGACGAUGUUUCAGAAAAGUGGAAUAUAAACAGAGGAGCUCGAGCUAGUCCUCUGAGACGACUGCUUGACCCUUUACUAAAGGCUAAAGUUUCUGAAACCGCUGUGCCUGCUCCAUAG